CAGCACACCAACAAAACAACGCCAACAAAGCGUGAACUCUCUCAUCGAAGGUGCAUUGUGUUUCCCACACGGACGCGCCUCUGUUGGCUUUGCGUGUUCCCGCCCACCGCGUUGUUUCAGGUGUUGGUGCAACUGCAAGCGGUCCGGUCUCCCUUUGAGUGCUGAUCGACGUCUUCGCACAGCACACGUUCGAGCGGCCCUCCCUUCCCCGUCUCUUCUGUUCAUCGCGCACCACCCCCUCCCUCACACACAAAGGACAUCACCGACCAUGGGUUGCAAAAACUCAAAACCAGCAUCGAACUACCCGACGGGCGUACCCAACGGCAAUGGAGCACACGGGUUUACAAUGGACAGCAUGGCGCAGCCGCCAGCGAGCACGGUGCCGAGCCAGUUCAACAGCCCGCCCGCACAGCUGCCGCAAUCCCGCCACUCGUCCAUGGGCAACUCCAUGUCCCAGGCAUCAUUUGGCACCCCGACACAACGCCCUCUGCCGCAACCGCCUGGCCAGGCCGCCGCCCCCGUGCAGCAGCAAGACAACCUCUACGUUGCCCUCUAUGACUACGACGCACGCACUGCCGACGACCUCACAUUCCACAAGGGUGACGAGAUGGUGAUUAUGAACAGCAGCGAUGGCGACUGGUGGCAGGCAAAGCUCAUCACCACGGGCCAGAUGGGUUACAUCCCAAGCAACUACGUCGCACAGAAACAGAGCAUCCAAGCAGAGGAGUGGUUCCACGGCAUGAUCAAGCGCGCAGAGGCGGAGAAGGUGCUGCUGCACAACGGCUCGCACGGCGAUUUCCUCAUCCGCGAGUCCGAGUCGAAGCCCGGCGACUACUCGCUCUCCAUCCGCGAGGGCGACAACGUUAAGCACUACCGCAUCAGAAAACUCGACGACGGAGGCUUCUACAUUACGCGCCGCGCGACGUUCCGCAACCUGCACGAGCUCGUGAGCCACUACCGCCUCAAGGCCGACGGCCUGUGCACGUCGCUCAACAAGGCCGUGCGCCCGCUCACACAGGUCGCCCCGCCCGACCUUUCCCACGACACAAAGGACCAGUGGGAGAUUCCACGGGAGUCGCUGCGGUUGGAGAAGAAGCUUGGCUCUGGGCAGUUUGGCGACGUGUGGAAAGGGUUUUGGAACAACACCACCCCUGUUGCUGUCAAGACGCUCAAGCCAGGCACCAUGUCACCCUCGGAGUUCCUUCGCGAGGCGCAGAUUAUGAAGAAACUGCGCCACCCGAAGCUCGUGCAGCUGUACGCCGUCUGCACAGACAAGGAGCCAAUCUACAUUGUCACAGAACUCAUGAAGCACGGCAGCCUGCUCGACUACCUGCACGACAAGGGCCGCGCGCUGCGACUGCCGCAGCUUGUCGACAUGGCCGCACAGAUUGCCGCCGGCAUGGCAUACCUCGAGUCACAAAACUACAUCCAUCGCGAUCUUGCCGCGCGUAACGUGCUUGUGGGCGAGAACAACAUCUGCAAGGUGGCUGACUUUGGUCUGUCGCGCCUGCUGGAGAACGAGGACGAGUACACUGCGCGGGAGGGCGCCAAGUUCCCAAUCAAGUGGACGGCCCCCGAGGCAGCCCUCAUGUCCCGCUUCUCCACCAAGUCGGACGUGUGGAGCUACGGCAUCCUUCUCACGGAGCUGGUGACAUACGGCCGCAUCCCAUAUCCGGGCAUGACCAACGCGGAGGUGCUGCAGCAGGUUGAGCGCGGGUACCGCAUGCCGUCCCCGCCAGGCACCCCAGAGCCCCUCUACCAAAUUAUGCUCGACUGCUGGAAGGCGAAUGCCGAGGAGCGGCCCACGUUUGAGACGCUGCAGUGGAGACUGGAGGACUUCUUCGUCAAUACAGAAAACAACUACACAGAGGCAUCCACAUUCGAGUAGCCGCAUGCCACAGCCGUUGUCGUCGUUGUCGUUUGUUGUCGUUGUCGUCGCUGUUCCUUCUUCUUCUUCCGUCUCACUGUUGGGGUUGGUCUGGGCUGGCUGCCCAAUGUUGUCGUCCUUUGAACCCUGAACUCGCUGCCGCCUCCUAGCCUUCCUCCGUCCCUCCCCAGUUUCUUCUCCCUUCUCCCUACCCUCACACAAUUGGUUGUUGCACACUAUUUGCCGGCACCCGCCCCCCCCCCUUCUCUCUCUCUCCCUCUCCCGGCCCUUUCCUUCACCACUGGUUUGCUUUGACGGGCUUGCCUUGUCUUUUUUUUUUUCUUUCUUCCUUUUCUUGUUCUGCUUGCCUGUUCAUUUUGCGCGUGCGAUUGCACCUGCAGCUCAGCUUUUUCGUCCAGUGUGUUCUUGGUUGUUCUCAUUUUUGUGUCUCCCUUCCUUCCAUUCACGUGCCCACUGCUGCUUAUCGCGGUCCUGUUGUGUAGCUUUGUUCAUUUGUUAUACGUGUGUGCUUUGCUUGUCUGCACGUAUGUUUGUGCACGUGUCAAGCUUCAUGAUGCAUCUUUGCUUAACGUCUUGUCACUCGUGCAUGCUUGUUUCCGCAUGGAAUUGUGUUCCCCCCCCCCCCGCCUGCCACCAUAGCGGCCACCACCGA